AUGGGAAUGCUCCGAAAAGUCGGACACUGGUUCGCGCCACCAGCGGACAAGGCCGACGAUGGCCGCGACGUAUGGCCGUCCCGCGCCGCCUUUCUCCUCGCCUCAAUGGGCGGGUGCGCGGGCAUGGGAAACCUGCUACGCUACCCUUCGACCGUCUACAACAACUACGGCCUGCAGUGGUUCAUCCCUUACCUGAUGUGCAUCUUCCUUAUCGCCAUCCCCGUGCUCACGCUUGAGAUCAGCAUCGGCCAGGCCUACCGCGGCGGCAGCGUCGUGGCCUUUAACAACAUCAACCACCGGCUCAAGGGCACCGGAUUCAGCCUGCUGUACAUUGGCUUCAUCGUCGGGCCCUACUUUGUCGUGAACCUGGCUUGGAUCAUGGCCUACUUUCGCUACAGCUUCCACAACCCUCUCCCGUGGGCCGGCGACCCCUCGGGCUUCUUCGACAGGGCGGUUGCGAACCCGGCCCCCAUCCCCGGCAGGCUCAAUGCUGAAGGUACGGCCAUCGAGGCUUACACACAAUACACCGCCACAGGGAUGGUGGGCGAGACGGUGGGCUGGUGCGCAUUCACCUGGUUCCUCGUCUGGCUAUGCAUCUUCCGCGGCGUUGGACUUACCGGUCGUGUUGUCUACUGGACUAUGGGGCUGCCCAUCGUCAUGACCAUCAUCCUCAUCGGUCGCUCAGUUUCUCUCGAAAACGCGGGAGAGGGAGUCAAGUUGUACUUUGCGACGUGGCGAGGCGAGCAGCUGGCGCGUGGGUCGGUGUGGCAGACGGCGUGCGGGCAAGUCUUCUUCUCGACCGGAGUCGGCUUUGGAUAUUUCACUUCGUACGCGAGCUACAACAGGAAGCACUCCAACGCGGUCAUGGACUCGUUCCUCAUCAUCCUCAGCAACAUGGUGUUUGAAUGCACGGCAGCCUUUGCAGUGUUUGGCGUCGUGGGAUUCCUGAGGAUGUUCCCGGAACCCGGCGCCGCCCCCAUCGGCGGCUUCACCAUUGGCUUCCUGACCCUCCCCGCGGCGGUGGAGCAGAUGCCCGGAGCCAACUUUUGGGCCAUCGUGCUGUUCUUCACCCUGAUGGUGCUCGGCUUCAGCUCAGCGUUCGCCAUGCUCGACGCCGUGGUGACGCUGGUCAUGGACUCGGGGGUCAGGUUUCCCCGGCCCGCCGUCGUGUCCGCGCUAACCAUCCUCUCGUUCCUGCUCUCGCUGCCGUACUGCACCGAGUUUGGCUACUACCUACUCGACGGCGUCGACAGGUGGAUCAGCGACGUGGCCCUCGUCUUUGUCGUGUUUGCCGAGUGCACCACGUCGACGUCGUUGUACCGCUGGAGGGAUGUCGCCGGCCAGGUCGGCGCGAGGUCUUUUUAUCUAUAUAACAUUGGAUACUUUGGCGGCCUCGUGUCUGGCGUCGCGGCCGGGAUCGCGUCGAGGGCAGAGAUUGGUGCCGGCGUCGGCUUUGGCAUCUACAUCAUCUUUGCUGCUGCUUCAGUGUUCAUGGGCAAAGUUCCCGACGUGCCAGUUCCCAGAAAGUUUAGCGGGAAUGUGUUCCUGCAGCGCUUUUAUUACGUCGCUUUUUACUCGGGCCACCAACUCACCAAAGACCUCAACGUCAUUGUGGCCCAGGGCAAAAACUGGACGAUCCCCGUCUUCUGGGCCCCGAUGCUGCGAUACCUAUCCGGCCCGAUCCUGGCCAUCGUCUAUGGCUUCAGCUACCCGACGUUUCACGAGAUGAAGGUCGACCCGCUGCACAUAUUCGGCUUCUUUACGGGGCACAUGGUUCUCGCGCUGGCGCUGCUGGGCUUCAUUGCCCCGCGCUGGUUCAACAUCCUGAUCCCUCCGCAAAGGCGCGACGAGGGCAAGCACCCGUACGCCCCGCGCGUCACGAUGGAUCCGGACGCGAUGGGCCGCGACAGGGCCCUCGAGCAGCAGGACGGGGUCGACGCGGAUGCUGCUGCCAUGAUGCAGCAGCAGCAGCAGCAGCAGUCGCACCAGUCGCACCAGCAGGCUGCCAAGGAGGGAGAUAAUAGAUUGGCUGUGGGUACCACGGGGAGCGGCAGGAUGACGGAUAUGGACGUGAUUGCAUCAAGCAGCUCGGGGGAAAGCCCCAGGGAGCCGCGCAAGGAGAUUUUUUGA